AUGCAUUUUCCAAACAGGCUAUGGUUUUCCUGCUGGUGUCUGUUAAAUCUAGUCUACAUUGGAGCAGCAAAUUUUACAACUGGUCAAAUGGUACAGAUGAUCCAGACAGAUUGUGGUGAGACUUGUGACACCACAAUUACCGGACCCCUUGGAAAAUAUUUCAAUGUACUUCAAAAAGACUUUGAUUGUGAAGAUAUUGUGACAAACCCAAUCUUGGACUACAGCUCAACGUCGGACAAACCUCCCAGAUUGGAUGAAUUAUCCGAUUCAAUCAAAUCCAAAUUCACGUAUGGCAAUCAAUUCGGCCUUGAGUAUUUAUAUCUGGAUGACUCCAAUGGAGUAACUCAUAACCUAAAAUGGACGGAACAAGAAGUUGAGCAAUAUCGACAGAGCUAUCGUCUCGGAAAAUUGCACGGUCUGUACGGGUUUAAGGCGUGUCAUGACAUUGGACAGCAUAUCCGAGAUCACAUACAAGAACAAGUCCAAGAUGGCCAUGUUUUAGUGAUUGGCAGCCAAGUCCCAUGGUUAGAAGCCAUUCUAUUGGAGCACGGUGCCAAAAAGGUCACGACCUUGGAAUACGUUCCCAUUGACAACCAGCAUCCGGAUCUGGAGGUUCUUGAUCCCAAAGAAUUUCGGAAGCGCUUCACGGAAGGAGCUUUGCCACAAUUUGAUGCCAUGGCUACAUUUUCCUCUUUGGAACACAGCGGACUAGGUCGUUAUGGAGAUGGCAUCAAUCCUUGGGGAGAUCUGAUCACCAUGGCCAAAGCUUGGUGUGUCAUGCGCCCAGGGGGGAGAGCUCUGGUAGGAGUGCCCGUGGGCUAUGACGCUGUUCUCUUCAAUGGUUGCAAACUCUACGGCCACUUGCAACUGUCCCAUUUGUUCACCAAUUUUGAACAAAUCUACACUGAAGCGAAUAUGACCAUCAAUGCCAAAGAUAUUCCCGGUGAAGACCGUAAAUAUACAAAUCUGUUUGAUUAUCAACCAAUUUUCAUCAUUCAAAAGCCUCUGAUCGAUAAUAAAUCGGAACUUUAGA